AUGUCUUUGGCCUCAAAUUCUGAGUCUUACGGUCAAAAAGAUUCACUCAUUCCGUCUAUCCGCAAUAUUUUAAAGGAUUACUCCUUUGAAAGCAUAUUCAAAGAAUUUCUUCAAAAUGCUGAUGAUGCUGGGGCCACACGUUUUCAUAUAAUUAUCGAUGGUCGCUCACACCCUACGAACUCCUUACUUUGUGAUAAAAUGAAGCCAUGGCAAGGGCCUGCUAUUUUAAUUUUUAAUGAUGCAAAAUUCAAAGAAUCUGAUUUUGAGUCCCUCAUGCAAUUACGCGUUGGCGGAAAACAAAACGACGAUAAAAUGAUUGGAAAACACGGAGUGGGAUUUAAUUCGUGCUACCACUUUACCGAUGUUCCCAGUUUCAUCAGCGGUGAUUUUAUCGCGUUUCUGGAUCCACAGGAAAAAUUCUUGCCAUUGAAAAACGACCUUUCUCAACGUGGUAUCAUUUGCCCUCUUCCUAAAAAAGGCAUCCGUGGACAUUCUGAAAAGGACCAAUUGGUCCCUUUUGAAAACAUUGAAGGCAUCGAUUUUCGAUCAACUUUUGAAGGAACACUCUUCCGAAUACCGCUUAGGCAAAACGAUCAACCAAGUGAAAUAUCUGAUGAUGUAUUUUCUAUUACAGAAGUUCUUGAUUUGUUUAAUGGGAUCAAAUCAAACAUCUCCUCCCAAUUAUUAUUCCUCCGAAAUAUCGAAAAAAUUCAAGUGUCACAUGUCAAAGAAACUAUGCUAUUUCAAAUGAUUCCUCUCUGGCAGGCAACUAUAAAUGAAUUAGGCGAUAAUACACAAAAUAAAAGAAAUUAUAUCGCUAUUGACGAACAUCGAAUUUUUCAGAUAGAAAUCGAGCUGAUUGAUGAUGAUUCAAACAUGCAAAUGGAACAAUGGAUGGUUGCGACUGGUGCUCAAAAUAAACCAGAAGACUCAGUACUGAAGAAAUACGCAGAACGACAUCGAUUACGUGUGAUAGGAGGAGUGGCUAUUUUGCUUAAAAGGCUCAAGAAUGACCAAGAAGAAAGCAAUGACUUCGAUGGAAGAAUAUUUUCGUUUUUUCCAUUACCUGAUACAACAUAUUUACCCGUACAUCUUAAUGGAACCUGGGCUCAAGGUUCAGAUCGUGGAAGAUUAUUACUAGAAAAAGAUGAUCUGCCAGAUUUAGAUCAUCAGAAACUCGGUUGGAAUAGGCACAUUUUGCUCGAGUUCCUUCCGGAACUUCAUUUCAUGCUUUUAAAAGAAAUUAGCGAACUAGAAGAAGUUGAUUUUAGAGACAGAUGCAUUUCAAAAUUGUGGCCAUUUCCAUCUACCACGCGAAAAUACCCAAAAUACAUUAUUGGUUAUAGUUGCAAAGUAUUACAGCUUAUAUCACAAUGCGAAAGCAUUGCCAAAUUAAUCACAUCUGACAAUGAUUAUUUCGAUAGUAACAAUGUCCUUCAAUUAUUACAAAAUAAUUGGGAUGAGAUAGGAGUAAUGGUAAAGCAAGAUUUUGAUUUCAAAUCAAUGAUCUCAUCGCUGCCUGUAUGGCCAGUACGAUUGAAUCAUUCAAUGCUAGGCUUCACAAGAAGUUUAGUACCAGCUUCAAUGGGUUACAUUUUGCCAAAAGACAUUCAACCGUAUCGAACAAAUGACUCAAAAUUUUGUUUAGAGGUUUCUAACAGUGAUCGUGAGAUUUUGAAAGAUCUUGAUAUUCACGAGCGAGACAUUUGUUCAUAUAUAUCUGAGGACAUUGAAUUUCCUGAAGAAAGUGAUGAAUACUAUGUGGAGUUUCUGAACAGUGCACUCUCAUCUGUAAGUAAUAAAAGUGAUGAUAUUACUCAAAUAUUAAAGGAAAAGGUUUGUUUUCCAGUUGAAUUUACAAAUGACUUAAAGCGGAUUACGGACCUAUACAACUAUGAAAACACUGUUUUUCGGACCGUAUUCGGAAAUUCAAAUGUUUUCCUUAAUACAAAACUUUUAGCUCAUGCAACUAAGUUAUCAAAGUUUGGAUUCAAUAAUGAUAUUAAUCAGGAGUCUUUUAUUAAAUGUGCUUUGAAAGUUCAAGAGUUGCAAGAUGAUCCACCAUAUGAUAUACGCAAUCGUGGAUUCGUUUUGGUUGAAUAUUUUUAUGAAAGUUUCACAAAGAGUUAUGAGAUUGCUUCGAUUUCAUUUUUUUCGAUUGAAGACCGUUACUUCGAAAAUACAAUACUUCCUCAAUAUAAAGAAAUUGCUUCGAUUCCAUUUUUUCCGAUUGAAAAACGUUUGGGUGAAUGCUACAACGAGUAUUAUAAUUAUCAUCAAGUUUUGGAUUGCUUCGAAAAUAUAAUACUUCCUCAAUAUAAAGAAAUUGCAUGGAGUCAAAAACCUUUAAUUGCAGUAGACGUCGUACCACCUCACAUUGUACUUAUAAGUGAUCCAUCAUUUGGUGAACCAGAUAUUCCCACUGUAUUAAAUCAUCUCCGUUUUUUGCGCAACACACUUAUAAAUGAUACUGAAUGGAAGGAAAGGUGGAAAGACACAUUUACGUCUAAUGUUUUUGAGGUUUAUAAAUGGCUUGACAAAAAAAGUUUAGAUACAAGUAUCUGCUUAAAGGAAUAUAUUGAGUCAAAUGAAGCAUUGUUCUUGAAUUUUAAUAAAAACGAGGAUGAUCCAUUCGACACUGAAAAUUGGGCUUCUAAAACAGGUUUAGUUUUGAACUGUGUAAAAGACGAGGAAAAAUAUGUAAAUCCUCGUCUUGCUAAAUACCACUCAAUGCUAAGAAGUGCCGGUAUCCAAGAAAUAAAAUUACCAGAUUACAAAAUAAAUGUCACGGAAUAUGGUUUUGGAAAAAACAUAUUAGAAUUAUUAUCAAGUCAGGUGAACAAUUUGCAUGAUGUCAUUUUUAUUGUAAACGGAGAAAAAAUAUGGGCAAAUCAGUAUAUACUUGCUGCAAAUUCCAAAGCUUUUCGUAGAGAAUUCACUUCAAGAACCUUUGCAAGCUCAAGCAAAGCUAAUCCAGCUACAAUCAUCAUUGAUAAUUAUAAUCCCAACUCAGUUCGCAUUUUGUUGCAUUACUUGUAUAAUCAGAAUAUCGAUACUGCAAUUCAGACGCAUAAAAGUUUAGACCAAUCAGAGUUGGAAUUAUAUAAGGACUUAGCUAAGUUAGCAAAUAAGUACGAGCUAACUCAUUUAAAAGAGCUUAUGGAAUUAAAGCUCUCUCGAUUAGUUAAUCGAUUAAACAUGGAAGAGAUGGAAAGAUUAGCAGCGAGAGAUUUAAAGGCAAAUCAACUCAAAGAAUAUUGUAGUAAAUUUAUUCACAAUAAUAAAAAUAUAUGA